AUGUGUAGGGAUCUAUGGAAUUGGGCAAGCAAUAACCCUUACGGCUACAAUUCCUCCUCCAACGGCUCCUCUUCAUAA